AUGAGUGUCAAGUCUGCCGAAGAACUGAAGAACAUUUUUGCAAAAUAUGCUGCCAAAGAGGGAGACCCUGACCAGCUGUCGAAGGAGGAGCUGAAGCUGUUGAUUCAGAAUGAAUUUCCCAGCUUACUGAAAGGCCCGAGCACCGUAGAUGAGCUCUUCCAGGAACUGGACAAGAAUGGUGAUGGAGAAGUUAGCUUCGAAGAAUUCCAAGUGUUAGUAAAAAAGAUAACCCAGUAA